AUGCCGAAGAAGGCAGCAAAGCUGCAAGGCGAUGAUGGACAGGUCAAGGGAAAGAAGCGGCCGAUCGAGGUCUUGCAGGAGACUUCAGAACAGCUGGAGACCAAGCCUGCCAAGGCAAGCAAGGUCAGGAAGAAGGUCCUGAAAGAAGAUGCGCCCGAGCAGCCCACCAGUAAGAUCUACAUCUCAGGUGUUCCUCGGGACUGCCCAGAAAGCAGCAUACGAGAGAAGUUUGCCAAGUAUGGCACGGUUGUGGAAGUUCAAAUCCCUCCGGAUCGGCGGAGAAACAAGAAGCGCAUCGCCUUCGUCGGCUUCGCAGAGUCCAGUGCAGCGAAGGCAGCUCUAGCAGAGGACGGCGACUUACUGGACUCCAAGAUUACGGUCCGGCUAGCCGGGGCCAAGCCGGACCCUUCCAAGCUAAAGGAUGUCUCCGAGGUCCCCUCCAGCAAGGCGAAGGCAGCGAAGCUCUUCAUUACAGGUUUCGGAACAGAUGCAGAUGCUGCGGAUGCGCUGAAGCAGCAUCUUUCCAAGAAGUGUGGAGAACUGGCCAGCUUCACCGUACCCAGCUCCAGGUCGGCGAAGUCAAAGGGCGCAGCACGCGGCUUUGCCAUCGUCGAGUUCGCAGAGAUCAAAACUGCCAAAAGCGCUCUGAAGCUGAAUGGCACCAGCCUGGGCGGAAACAAACUGGUCGUUAAGAAAUAUGAGAAGAGCCGCUCAGAUGAGAAGCAGAUGCAAAAACAAGCUGCAACGAAGCAGCAGCAGUUGGAAAAGGAAAAGGCAAAGCGAGAGUUCCGUGUGGUUGUGAAGGGCUUCCAAAAGUCCACGACGAGAGCCGAGCUCGAGGAGCACUUCGGAUCCUGUGGAGAAAUCCGGACCAUUGCUCUCCCUCAGAAGGAUGGCAACCCGAGAGGCAUAGCUUUUGUAAGCUUCUCUUCUGAGGCCGCAGUCCAGGCAGCGCUAAAGCUCAAUGCCAAGGAGUUCCAGGAGAAGCGGACCCUGGAGGUUUGGCGAGCGCUGGAGAAGAGCAACAAGAAAGGUACCACGCCCAAUGAUGGCGAGUGA